AUGACUAUCUUUGGCCUUUGGGUGAUCAAUAAAGCUGGAGGCUUGGUCUACCAGCGAAACUUCGGAGAUGGACUACCGAGCCAGACCUCAAACGAAUACCUCGUACUUGCAGGAACAUUACAUGGUAUUCACGCCAUUACUAGCCGCUUGAGUCCCACCGGCUCUGGCUCUGGCGCACAGGUCAUCGAAGGUGAAUCCUUCAAGAUGACCAUAUUCCUGACCCCAACCGGCACCAAAUUCGUGCUUCUCACCUCUCCGAUCGAGCCAACAGCUGAGACCGUACUGCAAAAGGUGUAUGAGAUCUACGCCGAUGCCGUCAUGAAAAACCCGUUCCACACGCCAGAGAUGCCCAUUCGCUCAGAAGCUUUCGACACACGUAUUGCAGCUUUAAUUAAAUGA